AUGAGUGCUGUCGAUAGCGACGUCUUCUUCUCACCGCGCGGUGGGUCGGCUGCCAGCGCACAAGCAAUACAUGUGUGAGUGAGAGCGCACAAGCACACACUGCGUGGUGUGGUGUGUUUCUUAGGCGACGAGGUGAAUGAUUCCCGUCGCCCGAUGAAUGAACGACUGCUGGCUGUGUAUGGUGACAAACCAUGGCACCGUAUGCUGCUGAAGCGGUCUCACACCAUGGCUGACAUAGUCUGUCAGACGUGGCUGGAUCUCGAGGGCAGGCCCACCGCCCAUGUGACGUACCGGCAGAUGAAGCAGAGGGUCUUCGACUUGUCGGCAUAUUUUGUCAGUCACCUUGGGCUCCGUCGUGGGGACAGGGUCCUCCUCUGCUUCCCACCCGGUGAGUGAGGCAGUGACACACACAGACAGACAGACAGCACACACGGAGAAGAGAAGAGACCAGGACGGUCGACUGACCGACUCGCCUCGAAGGCAUGGUUUGCUUGCUUGCUUGUGUGUGCGCAGGUGUCGACUUCAUUAUUGCAUUCCUUUCUUGCAUGGUUUCUGGCAUAGUGGCUGUUCCGGUAAGGUCGCUGCGACGGCAACACUGCCAUGCACACAUAUCAGGGCCCAUAAGCAGACACACUGGGCGUGUAAUGUUUCCAACAGGUAUACCCUCCUGACCCGCGUCGUUUGUCUAUCGAUGUUCCCCGUUUGUGCGAAAUCGCUCACUCCUCACAAGCCACCUACACCCUCACCAACCAGUAAGUAUCACACACGCUCUUCCACAUGACUAGUCUAUCUCUCCCUCAUCGCGCGUGUCUGUCAUCUGCCUGUGGUUGCCGUAUCAGGAUGUACAAGCGAGUGACCUUGCUGAUCACCCUCCGUGCUCGGUCACUGGACAGUCGGUGGACCGCUCUGCAGUGGGUCAGCACUGACAAUCUCACCAACGACGGCGCAAGUGAAGACUUCGUGCCACCAGCCAUCCCUUUCGACUCAGUGGCGUUCUUACAGUUCACAUCAGGUGAAUGGGAGGGAGGGAGGGAGGGAGGUGCGAACGGACGGACAGGCACAUGCGUGUGGCCUUGGCUCCUUCUGCUCUGCCUGUCUGUUGUAAGGUUCCACUGGCGAUCCUAAGGGAGUGAUGGUGACGCACGGCUGCUUGCUGCACAACAUCCACGUGUGCGCAGCAGUCUUCGGCUUUAAUACCUGUAUCGAUGCCCCCGACGCGCCCGACGAGAGCCUCACCCUACUGCCCCUGGAGUCAUGGCCAGCAUUCACCGAAAGGAGACAUGCCCUCAGUCUCAAGACGCGAGGGCACAGACCGCGUACCUUCUCAUGGUUGCCCGCGUACCAUGACAUGGGUAAGUACGGCCGACGUGCGUACACUGGCCUGCUCGCUCCAUACAUGUUGUGUCCGCACUGCAGGCCUUAUCGGGUGUUCGCUCUGCCCAAUGUUCUUCGGAUGCGAGUCCUUCUUUGUCUCGCCUCUUGAUUUCCUGAGACGGCCGAGCUUGUGGCUGGAAUGCAUGUCUCGCUACCACUGCAGCGCUACCGCCUCUCCUAAUUUUGGCUUCGAGCUCGUCGUGAAGCAGCUCGACAGGCCUGAGAUGAAGGAGAUCUUCGACCAGCUCGACCUCAGCCACGUCUGCGGCUUUCUCUGCGGCGCAGAGCCAAUAAGAGCCAGCACUGUCAACAAGUUUAUCAAGAAAUUUGAGCCAGCCGGUCUUCGUCGAAGUGCCUUCAUCCCUGCAUAUGGCAUGGUAGCAUGCACAACACGAAAGGAGUCCCUCACGCACAGAGAGGCUUACCUUGCCUUUUUUGCCUUGUAUAAGGCGGAGCACACGCUGCUCAUAACGGGUCGCUGGGGGUAUAGCUACGACCCACUCAUCGUCACGGUCGAUGCAAACAAGCUGAGGACACAGGUCAACACACACACACACACACACACAUACACCCUCCCACCCGCAUACACACGGGCUGCCUGCCUGUUCCCCCGACCGUCCUGUCUGUUGCUUGUUUUGGUUGUGUUCUGUCACUCAUGUCAGGGUGUGGUUGAGCUGGUGGAUGGUGAGUGUCCCCCCUCGGUGACCCCGGCGGCGUUUGUCGGGUGCGGCUGCCCUCCCCCCAUCUCGGGUGCUGACAUACGAAUCGUGGACCCUGAAACCCUCAGGGAGCUGCCUCCAGGCCGCAUGGGUGAGAUCUGGGUUCGAAGCGCAAGCACGGCCGCCGGGUACUUCAACUUACCCGAGAAGACCGAGGAGACCUUCCACGGCUGCUGUCGGUACCUCACCGGCGAGCUGUCGACGCCCAACUACCUCCGCACGGGCGACAGCGGAUUCUUCCACCAGGGGGAGCUGUUCAUCUCUGGCAGGAUCAAAGACAUGCUCAUCGUGCGCGGUCGAAACGUCUUCCCGUCGGACGUAAGCUCACAUAUCUGUCUAUGGCUCGGCUCAUGCAGGCAUGCGUGGCUCGGUCUGUGUGCCGUUGACUCAUAUAUCUCAGAUCGAGGAGGUGAUAGAGGAUGUGCCUGGGGUGCGCAAGGGCUGCAGCGUCGCCUUCGCUUUGGAUGUCGACGACACGGAGCAGCUGGCCCUGUGCGUCGAGCUCAAGCAGCCACAGGCGGCCAGCCUCCUCACCUGGCUCACUGGAGGCGGCCAAGAAGAACCCGACUAUCACAGCAAGGCAAAAGAGAUCGCAAAGGCUGUAUCUGUUCGGAUUGGCAUCCCCGUCUAUCGCAUCUGGCUUGUCAAGCCGCGCAGCAUUCUUAAGGUGAGUACGUGUGAAGACAGACAGAGGAGUGCACACGCUCCUGUCGGUCGUGUGUCGAUGUACUACUCGUGUGUGUGUAGACGACCAGCGGAAAGGUGCGACGUUCGCUCACACGUGGCGCCAUCCUGGAUGGCAAGCUUUCAGGCGUGCUGCACUCUGAGGUUCUCGACGGGGAAAGCGAGGCCUGCUCACGGGAGAGAUUCCCGUCCUUUUCCACCCACCAGUCCUCCACAACAGCCAGCCCGUCCUCAAGCAAAUCAAGCCUUUCGACAGCCAACACCCCUCUGUCGCUCACCCCUGCCAGGGACGCCAUCACGCAGGCACAGAUCAAGACUGUGGAAGGAGCCAUAUUUGAGAGCGCGAGGACCGUCUUCGGCGUCACGGAAGGGCUUGACUUGCAUGCACCCAUACAGGUAAAGCGAUCGACACAGAUGACACCUGUGCAUCAUGUGUUGACAAACGUAUGUACGUAUGUAUGUGUUGCGACGCCAAAUUGAACAAUGCCUUGCAGGAAUUGGGGGUGAGUAGUCUAAAGGCGGUGCAAUUCGCUGAGGCGCUUUCGAAGGCACUCGGGCAGAACAUCGACGUCACAUUAUUGUUCAGCUUUGAAACACUCCAGCAAGGUGAGAAACGCUCACAGACGCAUGACUGUCUUGUGCCUCAAGCGUACGCCCCUCUUUCUUGUCUCGUCUUGUGCCUGUUUCGUUUAGUGGUUGCCUUCCUUGUUCAGGAGAUGAAUGGCGGUGAGUCCCAGUGUGUCUCCCCAACACCCUCCACCGAAAUGUCGGACAGGGCCGCGCAGGUCGCCAUCGUUGGUGCAGCGUGCCGCCUGCCGGGAGGCAUUUCAUCCAUGGCUCAGCUGUGGAAUGCACUCAGCAGCGGCAUGGACGGCAUCGACGAGAUCCCCCAGACAAGAUGGGACGUCGAUCAGUUCUACGACAACAAUCCAGAGGCGGAUGGACGCAUGUAUGUGCGGCAGGGCGGCUUCAUCAAGGAUGCAGAGAUGUUCGACAACGGAUUCUUCCGUGUGUCGGACGUGGAGGCCAAGUCCAUGGACCCGCAGCAGCGCAUCUUGCUCAAGGUGUGUUACGAGUCGCUCAACUCUUCUGGACUCGACAAGAAGGCCCUCAUGCAGAAGCCCGUCGGUGUCUUCGUCGGCUGCUGCUCAUUCGAAUGGUCGUCCAUCCAGACCAAGCUGGGUGCUGGUGCCGUCAGCUCGUACACGGCCACCAGUGCAGCGCCGUCCAUCCUCGCCAACCGCAUCAGCUACAUCCUCGGCAUCCACGGCCCCUCCCUGACUGUUGAUACGGCCUGCUCAUCUUCCCUCGUCGCCAUCGAUUCGGCUUCCAUGGCGCUCCGCAAGGACGCUGAUGGCUGCAGGACCGCCGUGGCUGGAGGGAUAAACAUGAUGCUCAGCCCACACACGACAAUCGCCCUCUGCAAGGCCCACUUCAUGGCACCAGACGCCAGAUGCAAGACGUUCGACGCAUCGGCCGACGGAUACGUCCGCGGCGAGGGGGCGGGAGCGAUCGUGCUGAAGCGCCUUGACGACGUGGUUGCUGAGAGCCGAAGCAAUCAGGUGCUAGCGAUGUUGCGGGGCGCGUCUGUCAACCACGGUGGCCGUGCGGUUGCUCUGACAGCGCCCAGUGGCAUCUCCCAGCAGAAUGUGAUAAAGGGAGCCCUGCGGAGUGCAGGGCUGAAGCCCAAUGACAUAUGCUACAUCGAGGCGCACGGCACCGGCACCGCCCUCGGGGAUCCCAUCGAGGUCGCGGCGCUCAAGGCCGUCUUCGCCAAGAGCCGUCGUGAGGUUGAUGGGUCACCACUGCCGAUCGGAGCCAUCAAGACCAACAUUGGGCAUCUGGAGGGAGCAGCAGGUAGGAAUGAUGGACGGCAACGGUCGUCAUUCGCGUUCUUGACACUUGGUCUCUGAUGCGCUUGUCUAAUCUCUCAGGGAUUGCAGGUGUGUUGAAGACCAUCUGCUGCCUCCAGGUGCAGCGUGUGCCGUCCAACCUGCACCUGAGGACACUGAACCCUAACAUCAACAUUGAGAACUUCCCCGUCGUCUUCCCGUCUGGUGGUGAUGGCUUCCAGCUCACUCCCAACAACGGCGGUGGGCUCGUGGCAGGCGUCAGCUCCUUCGGCUUCGGGGGCACCAACGCACACGUCAUCCUCUCCCUAGUGUCCGUGCAACCUGAUGGACAGGCGGCAAGAGGCAACGCAGUGCUGCAGGAUGACGCCAGCCUCAUGUGGGAUCGUCGGAGCUUCCCGUGGACAACCAAGGGGCACUCAUUGCUGGGGCCCGCCACAUUUUCUGACCAUCACCACUACGAGGCACGUUACGAGGCGACGUUUGAGCGUCGCGUCCGUCGGGACGUGUUGCGUAUGCUGAAGGACCAUGUGGUGUCUGGCGU